UAUUAAUCUGAUCCUCCUCGCAGACGUUUUUGCCACACCACUGAAGAAAACAGAUGGCGGCUGCAACUUCCUCGAUCGCUCCUACCCUCUCACGCCCAUCCUCUAAAACCCUUAGGUCAUCGAAAGCCACAACCUUUGCUCCGCCCAACAUCAGUUUCGUCUCCUCUACUUCAAAGUCUCUGAGGUCUCUAUCUGCCACCGUCCCUGGAAAUGGCACCGGGUCUUCCCUCUCAGCUAGAAUGGUUGCGUCUUCUGCGGUCAGAGCCCCUGUUUCUCUCGAUUUCGAGACCUCUGUGUUCAAGAAGGAGAAAGUCUCUCUCGCUGGCCACGAUGAGUACAUUGUGAGAGGAGGAAGGGACUUGUUCAAGCAUCUUCCUGAUGCCUUCAAAGGGAUUAAGCAGAUUGGUGUCAUUGGCUGGGGUUCUCAGGGACCUGCUCAAGCUCAGAAUUUAAGGGAUUCACUUGUGGAGGCUAACUCUGACAUUGUUGUUAAGAUUGGGCUUAGAAAGGGCUCUAAAUCGUUUGAGGAGGCACGUGCUGUUGGCUUCACCGAAGAGAGUGGUACUUUGGGUGAUAUAUGGGAUACCAUUUCUGGCAGUGAUCUUGUAUUGCUUUUGAUCUCUGAUGCUGCUCAGGCUGAUAACUAUGAGAAAAUAUUCUCUCACAUGAAGCCAAACAGCAUUCUAGGUUUGUCACACGGGUUUCUACUAGGGCAUUUACAGUCGAUGGGACUUGAUUUCCCAAAGAACAUCAGCGUGGUAGCUGUUUGCCCUAAGGGAAUGGGUCCAUCCGUUAGGAGGCUUUAUGUUCAAGGCAAAGAAAUCAACGGUGCUGGAAUCAACGCCAGUUUUGCUGUCCACCAGGAUGUUGACGGUAGAGCUGCGGAUGUUGCUUUGGGAUGGUCAGUAGCACUUGGUUCUCCUUUUACUUUUGCUACUACUCUUGAGCAAGAGUACAAGAGUGACAUCUUUGGAGAAAGAGGUAUUUUGCUCGGUGCGGUUCACGGAAUCGUGGAGUCUCUCUUUAGAAGGUACACCGAAAAUGGAAUGAGUGAAGACUUGGCUUACAAGAACACAGUAGAGUGCAUCACAGGAACAAUAUCAAGAACUAUCUCUACCCAGGGAAUGUUGGCUGUCUACAACUCCUUGUCUGAAGAAGGCAAAAAGGAUUUCGAGACUGCAUACAGUGCAUCAUUCUACCCUUGCAUGGAGAUUCUCUAUGAAUGUUACGAGGAUGUAGCAGCUGGCAGUGAAAUCCGAAGUGUUGUCUUAGCUGGGCGUCGCUUCUAUGAUAAGGAGGGCUUGCCUGCAUUCCCAAUGGGAAAGAUCGAUCAGACAAGAAUGUGGAAGGUAGGUGAACGUGUCAGGAAGUCCAGACCAGCUGGUGACUUGGGUCCGUUGUAUCCCUUCACCGCUGGAGUUUACGUCGCCCUUAUGAUGGCUCAGAUAGAGAUAUUGAGGAAGAAGGGUCACUCAUACUCGGAGAUCAUCAAUGAGAGUGUGAUUGAAUCUGUUGAUUCUCUCAACCCUUUUAUGCAUGCUAGAGGAGUGUCUUUCAUGGUGGACAACUGCUCGACCACAGCAAGAUUGGGAUCGAGGAAAUGGGCACCGAGGUUCGACUACAACCUGACCCAACAAGCUCUGGUAGCUGUGGACAAUGGUUCACCAAUCAACAAAGACUUGAUCAGCAACUUCUUUGCUGAUCCUGUCCAUGGUGCUAUCGAGGUCUGUGCACAGCUCAGGCCUACCGUUGAUAUCUCUGUGCCUGAAGAUGCGGAUUUUGUUCGACCUGAGCUGCGUCAGUCUAACUGAGUGAAGGGUUGAAUGAUUAUCAGUUUCUUUUGAUGUAACGGUUUUUGAAAAAAAAAAGAAAUAGACAAAUGGGUUUUGGAAGGUUUAGGCGUGAGUGUUUCGUUUUGGCCGGUUUGAAUAAUGAUGUCUCUUUGUCUCUUUGGACUUUCCAUUAAUAGAAUGUUCUCUUAUUUUC